AGGCGAGAGGACAUCCUGGAAAGUGAAGAUUAUUUUAUGGGUGUGGCCCUGCUGGCGGCUCGGAGGAGCAGGGACCCAAGCAAGCAGGUUGGAGCCUGUAUAGUGAACGAGGAGAAGAAGAUUGUUGGUGUGGGUUACAAUGGUAUGCCCAAUGGUUGUGGUGAUGACUCGCUGCCAUGGCGCCGAUCAGGUGAUAACCCUCUGGAAACAAACUUUUAUGUGUGUCACGCAGAGCUGAAUGCCAUUAUGAAUAAGAACAGUGCUGACUUGAAGGGCUGCACAAUCUAUGUGACUUUGUUCCCCUGCAACGAAUGUUCAAAGCUCCUCAUCCAGGCAGGCAUUAAGAACGUCAUCUAUUUAUCUGAUAAGUACCAUGACGAUGAAAAGACGGUUGCUUCCAGAUGGAUGCUGGACUUGGCAGGCAUACCAUACCAGUAA